AUGUCCGAGUGUGACAGAGAAAAAGUAUUUAUCGCAACCCGCUUCUCUGGACAGUUAAAUAAUCACAUAUUCUACGCUUUUGAUGAUCAGCAUGCAAAAGAUGCUGUAAUCUUUGCUGCACAACUUGAGAAGUACAAUCGUACAUCAAAGCAUAUACUAGUAUUUGGCAGAAAUCAUUUAAACCAACCGAUUGGCGUGAUUUCAUCCAAUUUUCUGCAUCAAAUAUGCGGACCGUAUCCAACGUUUUCAUCUCCGUACAACGACAUGUUUGAAGAUAUUGUGCACACUUAUCUUUUACCUGUGUUGAUGGUCUUUGUGUUAAUAACAAAUUUUUCGUAUGUUUAG